UUGGUUUACGAAGGAUUAAUCAGCACCAAGCUGGGAGGGCUAUAUCAAACCACAUAUCACGAAAAGGACGGGACUAAAAAAGUGGCUGCAGUAACACAAAUGGAACCGACCGAUGCUCGCAGUAUGGUGCCAUGUUUUGAUGAACCUGAAUUUAAAGCAUCUUGGAAAGUCAAAGUGGUUCAUCCCAAAGGGACUACAGCCACAUCAAAUACAAUUGAGGAUGGACCAGUAGAGGAUAAUGGCGGCUGGUUAACAACGAAGUUUGUUGAAACUCCCAAAAUGUCCUCUUACCUACUCGCUCUUAUGGUCUCAGAAUUCGAAAAUAUCAAUGGCAAAACCAAAACUGGUGUGGAGGUAAGACGAGCAAACAACGAAAAUUUGCGCAAACACUGCCAAAUAGGAACUAACUGUUGUAUGCGUAGAAUAUGUGGUCGUAGAUCUCGAUUGUAGUC